AUGACAUCUCGCUUAUAUUUAAGGCCUUUGCAUCACAUUUUUUCUGGCCUUCCUGCUUUAAAACUCUCAAAGUCUUUAAUUAUGUAUCCCCAGAGUCGUUUUGCGACUUCUUCUUCCAAACCCGCAUCUACUUUCGCCGUCCCUGUCACGGAAACUAAACUUUUUAGCGACUUUGUUGAGUCUUCCGUGGAUUCCUACAAUUCGAGUCGGGACGUUGUGGAUUCUGAGAUGGCACACCUUCUCAGCUCCCACAAGCUCCUUCUUUUCAUGGAAGGCUCCGUUGAUAGUCCCAAAUCUCUCUGUGCGGCUAACAUUGUUAAAAUCUUUACGCUUCUCCAGGUGCUCGACUUUCACACUGUGGACGUUUUAUCCAAUAGGGAGGUCUUCGGAUUCCUGUGUUCCAAACUCGGAGAGCCUGCUCGCAAUGUUCUUUUCAAGGACGGAUCUCCCUUCGCCGGCCACGACGAGCUCCUGGCUCUCUUUAAGUCCGGGAAACUUCUUGAGGCUCUGGGCGUUUCCAGGCCCUACUCCUCCGCCACUCACAAGCAGUUUAGGAAACAGCUUCCCGUGGCCACUUUCUAA